ACGAUUGAAACGACCGGAGAACUUUCUUUUAAGAUCUUAAGGAAGCCAGGCUGCUACGCCCUGUAAGCCGUACUGUCCCGGGCGUGAAAAGCAGCUGGGGAGAAGCGCCUGUCCUUCCGACAACUCCUUCCCGAAUCCUGCCGAGAGGAGCCCAGGGUGGCGGGAAAGCAGGGCGUAGGCACUGGAGGGCGAAAGGCGACCAGAGGCCUGCCCUGGCCUUCAGAGGUGACCUGACGCCAGGAAGGAAGCUUAUUAACCCUUAGGCUCCCCCCGCCCCCCUUCCUUCUCCCCCGGGGGCGAGCCGGCUCCUCCUCCCGGUCGAGCUGGCCUGGGGCAAGAUGCGCACAGCCGUCGGCUCGCGCGCCCUGCCCGUCCCUCCCAGCCCAGGAAGAGGUGAGAAGGGAGGGCGCUGCCCAAAGCCGAGCCUGGCGAGUCCGUGGAUCCCAAGUGGACAUCCUGGGCGAGACGGCUGAGCCCCCGCGACCCCCGCGCCGGCCGAGCACCGCAGGCGACCCACCUCCCUGUUCCUCCGCCGCCGCCUCUGCACCCACACCCCGACUCCUAGCCUGACCCCCCCACCCCCGCUCCAGGACACCCCCAGCCCCGCGCCUCGCGCAGGUGGCGCAGACGCCCCUGCCCUCCGGCGCCCCCUGCCGGGGAGAGGGAAGGCAGCGGCCGCCGAGAAGCCGAGCACAGGCGGGGAAAGAGCUCCAGCGCCGGGCAGAAGCCGGGAGCUUCCCUGAUGGUGCCGCCGCCUCCGAGUCGGGGAGGAGCGGCGAGGAGGCAGCUGGGCAGGAGCCUGGGUCCGCUGCUGCUGCUCCUGGCGCUGGGACACACGUGGAGCUACCGAGAGGAGCCCGAGGACGGCGACAGAGAGAUCUGCUCAGAAAACAAGAUCGCCACGACGAAAUACCCGUGUCUGAAGCCUACGGGGGAGCUCACCACGUGUUUCAGGAAAAAAUGCUGCAAAGGGUAUAAAUUUGUUCUUGGACAAUGCAUCCCAGAAGAUUACGACGUGUGUGCCGAGGCUCCCUGUGAACAGCAGUGCACAGAUAACUUCGGCCGAGUGCUGUGCACCUGUUAUCCAGGGUUCCGGUACGACCGGGAGAGACACCGGAAGCGCGAGAAACCUUACUGCCUGGAUAUCGACGAGUGUGCCACCAGCAACGAGACGCUGUGUGCACACACGUGCAUCAACACCGUGGGCAGCUACCGCUGUGAAUGCCGGGAGGGUUACAUCCAGGAGGACGACGGGAGGACGUGCACCAGGGGAGACAAAUACCCCAACGACACUGGGCAUGGCGAGAAGUCGGAGAACGCGGUGGAGGCCGGAACCUGCUGUGCCACGUGCAAGGAGCUCCACCAGAUGAAGCAGACAGUGCUGCAGCUGAAGCAAAAGAUUGCCCUGCUCCCCAACAGUGCUGCCGACCUGGGCAAGUACAUCACGGGCAACAAGAUGCUGGCCUCAAACGCCUACCUUCCGGGACCUCCUGGGCUGCCUGGGGGCCAGGGCCCUCCGGGCUCACCAGGACCAAAGGGGAGCCCAGGCUUCCCCGGUAUGCCGGGCCCUCCUGGGCAGCCCGGCCCGCGGGGCUCAAUGGGACCCAUGGGACCAUCUCCUGAUCUGUCCCACAUUAAGCAAGGCCGGAGGGGCCCUGUGGGUCCGCCAGGUGCACCAGGAAGAGAUGGCUCUAAGGGGGAGAGAGGAGCUCCUGGACCCAGAGGGUCACCAGGACCCCCUGGGUCUUUCGACUUCCUGCUCCUUGUGCUGGCUGACAUCCGCAAUGACAUCGCCGAGCUGCAGGAGAAGGUGUUUGGGCACCGGACACACUCUUCAGCAGAGGAGUUCCCUUUACCUCAGGAAUUUUCCAGCUAUCCGGAAACCAUGGAUUUUGGCUCUGGAGAUGAGUACCCAAAAAGAACCGAGAUGAGGGACUUGGGACCCACAAGAGACUUUUACCCUUAGCACAUCCCAUCAUCAUCAUGCCAAAGGAGGAGAAAAGAGUGUUUUCACCUGCAGUUAAAUCAUAUACAGAGAAAGAAAAAAAAAAAAACAACCCAACCCACUGGAGACCUAGAAAAGAUACAUCUUUAAUUUCUUUCACUCUUUUCCUGCCUUUUUCCCUCCUGCUCUUCUUCUAAAUAAUAUUUUCAGAGUCCCCUGCCAGAGACAUGAGGGAGUAAGUCACUCAUUUACCUGCUUCCCUCCAAGAGCCAGCUGGGGGCGGGGGGGGGGGGGGUGGUACAUAUUGGAACUUUCCUUUUACUUCCUUCUUGUUCACGAGUUUCUGGAUUUCUGAGUUAGGUACUCUCAUGGUGUCUUAAAGUUUAGCAGAAUAUCCAAAAGGGAAAGGUGGCAAGGUGAACUCUGAGAAGACAUGAGGUUACUUAUUAAAAAAAAAAAAAAAUAGUUAUGUGUCCAAAAUAGACUAUUACUCAGUAUUAAAAUUAGCCUUCUUUAAUUAAAAGGGGGAAGACAACAAUGUAUGUUUACCUUGGUGGAUAAUUCUUUUUCCUUGUCAAUCUAAUAUAUUUUAAAUAUUCUAUCUUCUUAUCCAACCUUGUUUCCCAAUUUUGAUUAAAGGAAGGAGGGAAAUAAGGAGCAGAGAUUAGGGAAGAUGGAGGAAAAUUAUAGUUCCUCUAUAUUUCCUGUCCUAUGAGUUGCCACAUUCUAAAUUCCAGUAUGACUAUUAAGGGUUUGUGCCAUGCAUAUCUGUAAGUUUCCUCUUCAGAGAAGAUUAUUACUCUAGCUGUAGGAGUAAAUCCUCUUCUCAAAACAAAGUAAAUGAAUGAAGUGCCCAGAUUCUCAUUAGAAUAAUGGGCUCCUGGUUUGCCAAGACAUUUUAAAGCUAUUUGAUCAAAUGAAUGGGCUUGCUCAGUAAAUCACGGAUUGUUAAAUAAGGGUGGCCGACCCUUAGGGACCCCCGCUGAGUGGCCUGACUCUGGGUGCCCGGGAGAGGCCGUUACACUGUGAUCCUAGUUAGAUCAGUGUGCACUGAUCUAGCUGGAGGCUGGAAGGAGGUGGCUCGCUUGGGUCACUGGGGAGGGAGGAGGGGAGCCUCAGGCAGGGUCCCCACAGAAUCGGCAGAGGCAAGUCAAUUUGCACUCCUUGGGAAUUGGAAGUCCUUGUCUGGGGCCAGCGAAGCUUGCCAAUCCAGAAAGUAACACACUUUUGGACAUCCUCUUGCAUGCAGAGCGAAGAAAUAACAGUUUUUCUUGUUUGGCAGACAUUUCCUUCCCACUAUUCCCAUUUUUCCUUAAUUUUCCAUCAUUUAGUCCAAGUUCUAGUUCUCACAGGCCUUCUCCUUGAUCCGCCUUCCUCAGCAGAUGUGGGAAGCAGCUGGGAAAGGGGUGUAUUCUCAAACCUGCCAGUGAGUCUGUGGUCGUCCAUACACCUCUGGGUCCCAGAGGGAGGCGUAUUCCAGAAAAGACUUCCUCUGGUUCCUUAGAAAUAGGAGCAAGAGAAACCCUGAAGAGACCAGCAGGAGCAUCAUCUGCUCCUUUGGAAUAUCAUCGGGGAACCUCUUGGUUUUGAUGGGGAGCACAUCGUUUUCCUCAAGUCCCCAUUUGAUCUGCCACCCAGAAAGGCAGCCACCUGUUCGGGGGCCCUUUCUCCCCCUAUACUGAGGGUCACAGAUGAUGCUGGUCACACACUUGCUCAUGGUGGGGUUCCUCUUCCCUGCCCUGCGAUUUCUCCCCACAUUUCUGGGAGGUGUGUGUUCUUGCCUCUCUUUUUCCUUGUUGCCCUUCAUUGAACUCUCCUCCUAGGAAAGCUUGUUGACGAGAGCACUGUUGGUGUGCGGACACCCGCCUCCUUGCCACCUUCUCUCUCCAGAACGCUAGGAAGGGCUCCCGUUUGUGGGUCUCCCGCGACAAUGACCUGCCCUGCCUUGUUGCCAUCAGGGUACAAGUACUGACUCCAGUCAGUCAGCCACUGCCUGGGCUUUUCGUUUCUUCCUCUUGCACAGUUCCCGGUACCAGCCCGCCAAAAGGUCACAGCAACAAGCAAAUGCAUUCUCAGUGCUCCUUUUCUAGCAUUUUCCCUCUCCCUUCAGUCUCUCCAGAGUCUGAUCUCCACAGCCGGAGGCCUCGCCAACCUCGGGUUCACCGAGAGCUGAGCUAAGCAGCUGUUGAUUCCCAUCUGGAACGCAUUUAAUGCUGCCUGUUCGCAGAGCACAGUAUUUAAAGGGUGUGGAUGGAUGGGUGCCAAAGCAAAUUAUUCACAGGUCUUAUGAAAGAUGAUUAGGUCCAUCUUUGAUUUUUUUUUUUAAUGAGGAUUUGUGUUUAGAAAUACAAACUUCUUUAUUGUCAAAUUCUAAAAUGCAACCAAAACUGCAUGUUUGACCAGAGGCUAGGAUAAUAUAUAUUAAAAAAGGAACUGAAGGAAGCAAUAUCUGGCAUUCAUGAGCCUACUCUACAUCCUCUUCUCCAGCAAAUCACACAAGAACCUGUAGAACUUCAAUCUGCUAGAUGAGGGCAGUUUAUAGUUGUUCAUCCUCAGAUUUUCAAAACUUGGACUGCUAUUCAGGACCAAAUAGGUACUCUGUAUGCCCAAAUUAUACUGUUCAAAGAUAAGACACAAUACUGUUACUCCUAAUGUAUCUUUAGGUUAUGGAUAGAACGUCAAAGCUCAUUGGCUAAACAGGGCUUCUCAAAACCUAAUGGGGGAUAACAUUUGCUACAGCUUUGCUAAGCCACUCCGUGUUUUAUGGGGGAGAAGAGAUCUUUGUAGAAAUGUUGACUUUUCAUUUUUUGCAUUGCGUCCUGAUAACUAGAAUUUAGAAUAGGAACCUAAUCAUUGCUUUUGUUUUUGGAAAGCUGUGGGAAUAAAAAUAGGCUGUUGAAAAUAGUGCAAGGAGAGCAUACAUUUUAGUUGAGGAAAAUCCUCCUCCCUCCCCAGUUCCAGAAGGAGAAAUUAUAAGCUUUAUUAUGCCGAGGUGGGGGGGGGGUGGUACAAAGGCAAAGCUGCCUUCUCUGUCCUGGGUUUAUGCCGCCAUCCGCCACUGAGUGAACUGACCAACUGAAGUCAUCUCUGCUGUAUAAACUCAGGCAGGGGUCCAUAUGCACACUGGCACACCAAAUACCAGGUGAAGGGCACCCCAGUCCUGGUCCUGCUCCCUCUCCAGGAUUCACAACUACUCUUUGCCUUGUGAUGGCUUUUCCCAGGCAGGCAGGGGCAGAUUGUCGCUGUGACUAGGCGCCAGGCACCUCCUUGCACCGAGGGCAAGUCCCUCAUCACAUUUUGGGUAUCACUGCCCCUCCCACUCCCCAAGGCCGGCCUGUCACACACAGACAGGAGCCUCAUUGUGCAACCUUGACAUCUCUCAGAUAACCUUCCUGAAAGGGAAAUUUAUUUGUAGGAAUCCAGGCCAAACAGCUAAUAGAAUAGAGCCAUCUCAAGUUGUUGUUAAUGAAUUCAGGGAAAUAGAUGAAGUUUUUCCUGGCAUGGUCAGCAUGUGUAUUUCCCAACAAAUCAAAAAAUAAUUUUCCAUAUGAAGGGAAAAAAAAACCCUCAUGACUGUAAUUGUUAAAGCAUAAAAUCUUGGACUUCACAGGCUCCUUCAAAAAAUAUUACUGCUUUAGGGAAAGUCUAGAAGACAGACCCUUCUACACAUCCCCCAGAGACCCUCAGCAUUCUUUAUGAGAUCCUAAGAGCACGUGCCCUGGAGGAUUGUGUGUGUGUCACGACUUUUUUUAUUUCGCAGUGACUAGUCCUAUACUUCAGUAGCUGGGUUCAUUAUUUAUAACAGGUCCAUAUUACAGUUGAGCUAAUAUUCAAACAGUUAUGGAUGUGAUACUAUGAAGUACUUUUGAUAAGAUUAUAUAUGCUUAAUAAAGUUAUUUUUCUUA